GGCGACGAGGAGACGUUAAUCCCUAAUUUCCAAAAGGAACUGUGAUUUAUACGAGCAUAACGUCGCCGAACUGCCGGGAAAUUACUUUUCCAUUAUUUAAAACUGUGAACAAGCAGUUUGUCGGCUCACCUUUUUUGGGAAGCUCAGGUGAAGAAACUUUCUUUUUUUUCUGUCAGAAGUUGUGUGAUUGGAGUUCGUCAACGCUAACCGGAGGCGCGGGGAUCUUCGCCUUCUCGUCGCUUUCAGGAGUAUUUCGGCUUUUAAAGAUGAAAUGAGUGGUUUUUCUCCAAAGUGGAUGCUGGCAGCGGCUUGGUGCAGUGAGUUAUGCUGAAGCCUGCCUGCAUAUCUGCAUAUCAGGAUGAGCACUACAGAUGGAGCCGGGGCGCCUGAACAGGAUGAGGAGGCCCGCGUUGUGCAGAUCUACCCCAGGCUGUCCCAGGACACAGCCGCCUACUGUCCCCUGCAGAUCAGCAGCGAGGACACGGCGAGGAUGGUCAUCCACAAUGCCGUGGUCACUCUGGGCCUGGAUGCCAGCCAGGCGUACAGCCUGCUGGAGGUGAGGAAGAGCGGCGGGGAGGAGAUGUUGCUGGAGGCUGGGGAUUGCCUUUUGGAGCGAGUCCUGCAGUGGCCACCAGAGAAACAGAAGUGGCACCAUCAGACCCAUGGGUACUACUUCAUCCUGCAGCAAGCCAAUGCUGGAGGCAACCAAGUAGAAGGCAGCAGAGACGACUAUGAUGACCUCUGUAACCUCCAAACUGUGUCUGAGGAGAGUAUUGUGGAGGUUUUACGCCAGCGCUUCUACAGGCUCAAAAUCUACACCUACGCCAGCAAAAUCCUCAUCGCCAUCAACCCCAAUAAGUUCCUGCCUGUUUACUACAAUCCCAAAUAUGUCAAGAUGUAUGAGAACCAGCCACUGGGCAAACUGAGCCCUCAUAUUUUUGCCAUGGCGGACGUGGCCUUCCGUGCCAUGCUGAACAGGCAGGCCAACCAGUGUAUUGUGAUAUCUGGUGAGAGUGGAUCAGGGAAGACUGAAAGCAGCAGUUACCUCAUCCACUGCCUGACUGCCCUCAGCCAAAAGACGUACUCCAGCGGGCUGAAACGGACCAUCCUCGGGGCUGGCCCGGUGCUAGAGGCGUUUGGCAACGCUAGGACUUCAGAGAAUAACAACUCCAGCCGCUUUGGGAAGUUCAUCCAGCUCAACUUUCUGGAGAGCGGUGUCAUCAGAGGGGCAGUUAUUGAGAAGUACCUACUAGAAAAGUCCCGGCUGGUGUCCAGAGAUAAGAGCGAAAGGAACUACCACGUGUUCUACUAUCUGCUGAUGGGUGCGCCCAAAGACGAGCAGGAGGAGUUUCAUCUAUUAAAGCCGCAAGAUUAUCUCUACCUCAAGCAGGAGGACCUCCAUUUAGACGAUGAGGAAAAACUUGGGCAGGAGUACAAGCGGCUCCAUCAAGCUAUGGAGAUGGUUGGCUUCUUGGCCUCCACUAAGAAACACGUAUUUUCCAUCCUCUCUGUCAUCCUGCUCCUGGGAAACGUGACGUACACACUGACAGAGGACGCUGAAGUCCUGGAGGUCGGACCUGCUGAAGUUCUGUCCGCACUGUCUGUCCUGCUCAAAGUAAAAAAGGAGCUACUAGUGAAGACUUUGACCAAGAGGAGAGUCGUGACUGCCAACGCCAGUGUGGAGUCACAGUACACUCUACAAGAGGCCUCCACAGCGCGGGACUCCAUGGCCAAGUCUUUAUACGGCGCUCUGUUUGACUGGAUCAUCCUCCACAUCAACCAUGCAAUGCUCAAUAGACGAGACAUGGAGGACUCGGUCACGUGUUUGUCCAUCGGUGUCCUUGAUAUGUUUGGAUUCGAGAACCUCCAGACAAACAGCUUUGAGCAGCUGUGCAUCAACUACACCAAUGAGAAAAUGCAGUAUUACAUCAACCAGCACAUCUUCAAGCUUGAGCAAGAAGAUUACGUGUCAGAGGGCAUCACCUGGCAAAACAUCGACUACUCUGACAACAGUGGCUGCAUUCAGCUGAUCGACGAGAAGUCGACCGGACUCUUUGACCUGCUCGAUAAGGAGAGCAACCUCCCUCAGGCCACAGAUGAAACCCUGUUGGACAAGUUAAAGCAACAGCACCAGGACAACCCAUUCUUUAUACCCUCUUCAAAUACAGAGCUGACUUUUGUCAUUCAACACUUUGCUGGCAGAGUUAAAUAUCACAUCAAGGAUUUCCGGCAGAAAAACACAGAGCACAUGCGUCCUGAAGUCGUAUCACUUCUCCGGAGCAGCGAGCGGGCGUUCCUGCAUCACUUGGUGGCAUCCAGCCCAGAAGCACUGUUCAGAUGGGGAGUCCUCCGAGCCACCAUUCGCAUCCUCACAGUAUUCAAGAACAUGGGACGCAAGCGGGCAGAAUUGAUUGCUUCUAGAAAAGGCUCCCGUAAGUCCCUUAAAGACAUGAAACAGCGCAGCAGUACUGUGGACAGGCUGUCAAGCAACAGCCUGACUCUGGAUUUCUCCUUCGAUCGCUCUGAUGAACAGCCUCUUGAUGUGUUUGAAGACAUCUUUGCCAAUUAUGAAAAGCGAAAGAAAAGUAGAAGCGGUCGACAGAAGCAGCUCAUUCCAAAGAACCUCAUGGAUUUGCACUCACUCCGACAUAUCGUUGGUCUCACUGCGCAUGACCGGACCAGUAAAUUCAUCUUCCACCCUCAUCGGAAGACAAAGCCCGCUACAGUUAGCGCUCAGUUUCAGGCUUCACUCAGAAAACUGAUGGAGAUGAUUCAAAAGGCCGAGCCGUUCUUUAUUUUCUGUGUUCGCUCCAACACUGAAAAGAAAGAGCUGGACUUUGAUGAUGAACUUGUGCUGCAGCAAAUCAAGUACACAGGCAUACUGCAGAUGGUUCACGUCCAGAAGUCUGGCUACAGUGCCAAAUACACAUUUAAGGAAUUUGUCGAGAAGUUCAGAGUUUUGCUUCCAAAAGGAGCUAUGGGAACGCCAGAGCACAUAACUGAAUUGUUUGAGAGGUUGGAGCUGGAUAAGACCACCUAUCAAAUAGGAAAAACCCAGGUGUUCCUCAAAGAGAAGGAGAGGCAACUGCUCCAAGACACUCUAAACAAAGAAGUGAUGCAUCACAUCAUCGUCCUGCAGCGCUGGUUCCGUGCCUGUCUGAUGAGGUUGCACUUCCUCCAAAAGAGAGAUGCCACUAUGAUUAUACAGAGGAGCUGGCGUGAGUUUUAUGAGAAACAGAACCGAGCUGCUACAGUGAUCCAGGCUGCAUGGAGGAUUUCCCUGAAGAGGUCAGAGCAUGAGAAGGAGGAUGGUGAGAAGACGUCCAAACCCCGGCCUGGACGGGACAGCUUGAAGAAAAAAGAGCUAAAGAGGCAGCACAAAGUGGAGCUCAGCCCCAGCAGGGCCCAGCAGCCUGACCCAGUCAACGGCCAGUCUGCACUGAGGGCCAGGAGCAGGGAGAAGCGAGAGAGCAGAGGAUCCCCUCCCCCUCUCAACCGACCCUUCUCCGUCCCACUGGACCCUAAAGUUGGCAGUGACGAUCGCUCCACCAGCCCCUCAAAGAGCCCGCUUCAGCGCUACAAAGAUAUGGGGGGCAUCAAGGAGAAGGCCGAGAGGUGGAGGGAAAGGCAGAGUGAUGAUUCAAGUCCAGAAAUACGGCGACGUCUAGACAAUAGGACAGAUGAUUUUAAGCUCAAAGGCAAGUCCAUGUCUGUUGAUGAACUGUCCAAGAUCAGCUCAUCGGGCUCUGAUAGUUCACCCUCUACCAACGAGGUCAGGGUACGUUACCGCAAGCAGCCCAAACGCAAGCGGCGCUUAGCCUACGCCCGCAGCGGUUUGAUGAUUAACUUUGGGGGCUCCAAGGAGAGCGAGUACUGGAGCUUUCCGCUGCCUCCAAUCAGCCCCCACAUGCCCAACCUGAAGAGCUCGGCCAGUAGCGUGGAUGUCCGGGCCCUAAAAUCCUCGGUCAAGAUACCAUCAGAACUUGAUGGGUCGAGGUUCAGCCUUCCGGCAAGGAGCACCAAUGAGGACUCAGGACAACAGGGAUCUAACCAAUCACAGCUCACUACCCCUGAAAAGAUGUGGUUUCUCAGUAAAUUCCUGAAAAGGCGUGCGCUUAAAAAUUCCCCGAACAAUGACUCUCCAUCAGAUAAAGCAGUCACCUUGCCCACCUACGCUCCACAUCCCUACCACAUGCCAAACCAGGACAGUGGGAGGGUCAGUAGAAACCCCACCAUUCGAAUCAGCCGGGCGACGCGGGUGAUGCAGUGGAAUGUGUCUCUGGACCGUGAGAUCACCGACCCCAAAGAGCUGCGGAACCUGGACGAAUUCCUUGGCAAUCAGGUGAAUGAGCUGCGGACUAGAAUCAAAGAGCUGUCACCAACAGAGAACAUCUUCCUCACAGCCACCAUGCAGUUCAGAGAGACCAUUAAAGGCAUGUACUCUGUCAAGAAGCCGCAGAUCGGCUACAAAUAUCUGAUGAAGGGCUACCACAACAAAGUGAGCACGCUGGCAGGGUCCAAGAAUAAGACGGAAGUCUCGCUGGUGGUCAACUUGUUUCAGUCUGUGCUGGACGGCUUUAUCAGGGGCGAGAUAAAGCGAGUGGAGUCCGAGCCAGCCAAGGCAACCAAGACAACAAAGAAGAGGAGGAAAAAGGACAAAUGUCCUAAUAGUCCUCUGGAUCACCUGUUCAGCACGUACCAGGUGAACAUUAUGCAGUCAUGUGACUUGUGUGGCUCCUACAUCUGGGGAAUGGAAAAAGCCUACAUGUGUAGUGCUUGCAAGUUAAUAUGUCACAAGAAAUGCCUCAGCAAAAUCAUCACAGACUGCUCGACACGGUGUGCCAAGCAGGAUGACAGUUUACCAGGUUCCCUUCACUUUGGGGUGCAUGUGUGUAUCCUCACAAGUAAAGCCAACCCUGUGCCCAAAGUGGUGGAGUUGUUGCUCAUGCACGUGGAGAUGAACGGCCUCUACACGGAGGGUAUUUACCGCAAGUCGGGCUCGGCCUGUCGAGCGAGGGAGCUCCACCAGAUCCUGGAAACUGAUCCUGAGGCACCAUCUUUGGACAACUACCCCAUCCACACCAUCACAGGUCUGGUAAAACGUUGGCUGAGAGAGCUGCCGGACCCCCUCAUGACCUUUUCCCUCUACAGCGACUUUCUGCAUGCCGUGGAGCUACCAGAGAAAGCUGAGAGAAUACGGGCUGUUUACCAAAAGAUUGAUGAGCUUCCUCCUGCUAAUUACAACACGUUAGAGCGGCUCAUCUUUCACCUCGUCCGGGUUGCAAAGGAGGAAGAGCACAAUAAGAUGUCACCAAGCUCUCUUGCUAUUGUGUUUGCUCCCUGCAUCCUGCGUUCACCUCAUGUUGAAGACCCCUUCCUUGCUAUGAAGGAUGUGUCCAAGACUACAAUGUGUGUGGAGAUCCUGAUCUCUGAGCAGCUCAGGCGCUACAUUGAGAAGAUGCAGAAUAUCCAGGAGUUGGAGUACGCAGAGGCCCUGGCUGUCAAUCAGCUCAAACUGAGGAGACAAAACACGAUUAUUGAAAAGCCCUCAGAGCUGGACGUUCAAGAGCAAACUCAUACAGAUGAAACAGAGAGGACCCUCAUCGAUAGGAUCAAGUCCAUCAAGCAAGAAAAGGUGGACUUGGCCUGCAGGUUACCUGAACUGGAGCAGGAGAACUCUGACAAUGACAACCUGGACUCAUCGUCAUCGAUGAGCUCAGAGAGCCUAGAGGACCGCCUGGGGAGCCUGGACUCGGAAGCAAAGGUGACCAUGCGAUUGAAAACCCAGAAACCAAUCUGCCCUCUGAAACCUCCUGACCUGGCGCAGAGAGUCAGGAGUCUGAUGGCUCAGACAUAUGAUGAACAGGUACAGUUCAUCCCAGGACAAAAAGCAGCUGUUACCCAAUCCAUGUGCUUCCUGCCCAGCCAAGACAACGCCUCCCCAACCGACAAGCCCCAGAUCACCAGCAAGACUUUGAAUGGGAGCUUUGACAACCUGAACAUUCCUUACAUCGAUGAGGAUGAAGAUCUAACCGAAGCAUAACGCCACAAGUUGUAAUAAUUGGAAUAUUCUCAAGUUUAUGUUGAUAGAAGGCUUGUGUUAUUUCAAAAAUGAACAGUGCACUUUGUUUUAUAGACAUUCCCAUUUGUCAGUGCUGCUAUGGAAACAAAGUGCUUUGAGAAUUUAUAUGUAUUUUAAUGAGAGAUCGUUCGGACAGUCCCUUCGGGGCUUUUAUAACCGAUCUGGACAAAGACCCAAGAGCAAGGACUACUGAGCCUCUUUAUACCAGACACUGUUUGUGAUUUUAAAUAUGUUUCAGAAUUGUACAGUACAUAUUUUUAAAAGGUAGGUAUUUGGACCAGUUCUGUAAAGCUGUGUGACCAGCUUUGUUGUGAUGAGGAGCAAUUGAGGAUACAAGAUAAUUUACAACAAUCAACAAGUGUCUAAUGGACAUUAUUGUGAGCUCGACCACUGUGGUACUAAUGGCAGUUUAUAUUGUUUUGUGGAUGUCUUAUGCAGUAAGUGUACAAGAAAAGUCCAUAGGAGAAUCUGAUUCUCUAUUGUAUAGAUUGAUGUUGCAUUUUGGGCUCUCAUUGAGCGCAUUGUUGUGUGUCUGAAACGACUUAGCUGUGUUUUUCUGCUUUUCAUUUUCCUCUAGUAUAUAACUGCUGUGACUGACCACUCAGGUAUACCUGUAAAGGGAAUGGUCAGAUUGCUGCUGUUUAGAACGACUGAAAAUACUUCCCUCUGUCACUUUCCUUGGUAUUGCAAGGCUGUGCCAUUUCAUCAAGUAAAGGUUUUGUCUGUGCAUAUAAGUUUUUAAAAAUAUGCAUGCCUGUACAUUCAAUAAGAGGUAGGAAUAAUGCAUAUUUGGGUGAACAUCUUCCAAGUCUUAAUUUUGUCACCACCUGAAAUAAACUCACCGGUUUCAAAUGUUUCCUGCUGUAAUACAGAUGACUACACUUGUAAAAUGACUAAAGCCAAUAAUGCAGCUCUGACAGCAACAAGUGUCAGUAUAUGGCAUGUUAUUGUGAACAAUUUGGUCAAAAAAUACUGAGAGGAGAAAUCUUAUGAAAAACUGAACAAUUGUUUGAAUAGAUGGGUCCAUCAGUUAUUUUGCAAAACAUACAAAGCAUCUGAUUUUCUGUUAGGAUUUUGAAAUACUUUAAUACAUUUGUUUCAUGAUUUGCUACUACAUUUUGCUACUAUGCAAUUUUAUUUUGGGAAAUUCUAUACUGUAAUAUGCGAGGAAGCUAAAAUGUACUCCAUGUUGUAAAGAGAAAAAGAUGUGAUCAUAAAUGAAAAUGCCUAUAGCAAACCA